GGUCUGAGGGAGGCUCCUGUGGUUCCGUGUCCUGGUCUGCCACCCGCUGCCGGGAGCUGUGAGGAGAGCGGGGCGAGCUCCGCAUCCACGCCAUGGAUGCAAUGACCUAUGAGGAUGUGCAUGUGAACUUCUCUCAGGAAGAGUGGGCUCUGCUGGAUCCUUCUCAGAAGAGUCUCUACAAGGAUGUGAUGCUGGAAACCUACUGGAACCUUACUUGUAUAGGCUACUUGUGGGAAGACUGCAAUAUUGAGGAUCAUUGUCAAAGUUCUAGAAAACAUGGAAGGUGUAUCGACUGUCCCUCUGCAUAUGGAAAGAAGCAGUGUACCGAUCUCUUUCCUAGAACAAUUAGAAGGAGAUAUGUAGUCAUCCCCUUUGUGAGAAGAGGAGGUGAAUGUGAUACAAGUUUACAAGUACUUGGUUUUCCAGCUUCAGUGGGAAUACAUCAAAAUACUGACAUUGGAGAAAAGUCCUAUGAGUACAAGGAAAGUGGAAAAUCUUCUGUCUGUCCUGGUUCACUUUGCACAUAUAGUGUAAUUCACACUAUAGGAAAAUGUUAUGAAUGCAAUCAGUGUAGUAAAGCUCUGAGUUCUUCCCAUUCUCUUCAGAGAUGUGACCAAACUCAUAUGGGAAAAGGAAGUGAUAAAUGUGAGCCAAGUAGUAAAAGUUUAACCUAUCCCAGGUAUCUUCAAAUACAGAAGACAGCCUAUAAUGAAGAGGACCUCUAUGAGAGGAAUCAAUAUGGUAAAUCCUCUUUACANCUACACCAAAGAACUCAUUUGGGAGUGAAAUCCUGUGAAUAUAAUCAUGAAGAUAAACUCAUUUCAUGUCAGAAUUGUAAUCAAGUAGAUAGAACUAAUACUAGAGGCACAAAGCAUGACUAUCAUCAAUGGGGUAAAGCCUUUGCAUGUCCCAGUUAUCUUCAAAUACAUGGAAGAAUUCAUACUAAAAAGAAACCCUAUGAAUGUAAUCAAUGUGAUAGAGCCUUUACAUGUCACAGUACUCUUCAAAUCCAUGAAAGAAUUCAUACUGGAGAGAAACCCUAUAAAUGUAACCAGUGUGGUAAAACCUUUGCAUGUAAGAGGUAUCUUCAAGUACAUGAAAGAAUUCAUACUGCAGAGAAACCCUAUAAAUGUAAUCAGUGUGGUAAAGCCUUUGCAUGUAAUAGUUAUCUUCAAAUGCAUGAAAGAAUUCAUACUGGUGAAAAACCCUAUAAAUGUAAUCAGUGUGGUAAGGCCUUUGCAUGUAACAGCAAUCUUCAAAAGCAUGAAAGAAUUCAUACUGGAGAGAAACGGUAUAAAUGUAAGCAAUGUGGUAAAGCCUUUGCAUAUAGCAGUAAUCUUCAAAAGCAUGAAAAAACACAUACUGGAGAGAAACCCUAUGAAUGUAUGCAAUGUGGUAAAGCCUUUACAUGUCACAGUAGUCUUCAAAUCCAUGAAAGAAUUCAUACUGGAGAGAAACCCUAUAAAUGUAAUCAAUGUGGUAAACCCUUUGCUCGUAAAAGAUAUCUUCAUAUUCAUGAAAGAAUACACACUGGAGAGAAACCCUAUGAGUGUAAUCAGUGUGGUAAAACCUUUGCAUAUAGCAGUAGUCUUCAAAAGCAUGAAAGAAUUCACACCAACAAAAAUAUCCCCAAGCCAUCUAAGAAAUGAGGAAUAACUUUCCAUACCAAAUGCUUUUUCCCCACUGAGCUUUCUCACUAGUGCUUGAUUAAGAUCACUAGACCAUUCCUUCUUUAAAAUAUUGUCUCCUUUUCAAAUUUUAUAUGUAUUGUCAUCACAA